AUGUGGCUUCAACAAGAUGGUGCUGCGCCACAUUUUGCUGUUAUUGUGCCCCAGUUUUUAAAUAACCACUACAAUGGCAGGUGGAUUGGACGAGGAAGCUCAGAUUCAGGCCAUGAAUGGCCUCCAUAUCCGCCAGAUUUGACGUCACCAGAUUUUUUCUUGUGGGGAUUCGUAAAAAAUGUUGUAUUUGCCCAACGAUCCACAACAAGGGAGAACAUGAUGGAACGCACUCGUACAGCUUGUGCGUCCAUACCCAGAGAGAUUCUACUUAGAACAGUCGAUAGUUUCGAAAGGCGUUUACAUUUGUGCCUUCAAGCCAAUGGAGGAAAUUUCGAACAGUUACUCCGAGGUUAA